UGGUUGAAAUUUUCCAGGUCAAACUUUAACUUCCGUGUCGCGCAGCUAACAUGGCGGAUAAAGAGAAAAAGAAGAAGGAGAGCAUCUUUGACUUGUCCAAAUACAUCGACAAGCCAAUUCGUGUGAAGUUUCAAGGAGGACGAGAGGCCAGCGGUGUACUGAAAGGGUUUGACCCUCUGCUGAACCUGGUAUUGGACGGUACAAUCGAGUAUAUGCGGGAUCCAGAUGACCAGCUGAAGCUGACAGAAGACACCAGGCAGUUGGGGCUGGUGGUCUGCAGAGGAACCUCUGUGGUGCUGAUCUGUCCUCAGGAUGGCAUGGAGGCCAUACCCAACCCGUUCAUACAGCAGCAAGACGGCUAACUCACAGGCUGCUAUGCCCCCCACCCCCAUUUGUGUUUUUCUUGGGGGGGGUCAUAUCAUUUUGUUUUAACCGUUACAGUACAGUAACUAUUCGUACACUGAAGCUGUUGUUUUGAGUUAAGAACCAUCAGUAAAUUAAUGUUUAAAUGUGCUUCGCUUUUAUUUCUGUCUGGGGCAUAUUUUGCAAAGAUUUUUGUUAUGAAGGUCCCAUGUGUUUGGGAAGUGUUUUCUUUUUUAUCUAGAAUGAAUAAGUGAACUUUUAUUAUUUGUUUUUUUGAUAAGAAAAUAAAGUGAAAAUAUAGUGUA